AUGGCGGGCACUUACUUCGCCGCGGUGCCGGUGUCCUUCGCGCUGUUCGCGGGCCUCUUCCUCGCGUCUUUCCACUUCUCGUACGCGGGGAGCGUGGCAGACGACGCGUCCUUCGGGCGGAACGACACGUUCCCCGUCGCCGUUCUGCUGCAGCACUUUAACUUGGGAUAUUCGGUGGCGCUGCUGCGCUUGUCCGCCAUCCCGCUGUCAGGGCGUUCGGCCGAUUCGAACAACGUUUGGGUGCAGAUGCUGGCCCUUGGGCCGUGCGCCCUCGACGCCGCGCGGCGGCGUGUCAGCAAGGUGCUGCACGAUCACGACUUCUUCGGCCCGCGCCCCGCAUUGCAGGCGGAGGGGGCCGAGCUCGAGGGGACCCUCGUGCAUGUGGCGGACGCCGCGGACCUCAGCGUGGAGGAGGCUCAGCAGGUCGUUGCUAACGUGGAGAUGCUCCUCGGCGUGGGCAAGGGACCGACGACGAGAGCAACACGUUUCCGCAGCGCGUUCAUCGGGGUUUUGGAACAGCUGGUCCUGGACCACGGCCUCGCGCCGUACCUGCGCGGGGUGGCGUGGCUUCGCCUCGUCAUGGUGUGGGCGGUGUUGCGUUGCGACGACCGCAGCUGGCUCCCGCCCCAGCGCCUCGCCUUCGAGGGCGGAGGUCUGACGGGUAUAUUGGGGCGCGCGAAGAUUAGCAGAGCAGGGCGCAAGAUGCCAGAGAUGCUGCUCGCGGUAGUCGCCAGUGUGGGCGGGCGCCUGCGCGAGGCGAGCAGUCGCGAAAAGCUCCAGCAGCAGUUCGCCGAGGUGCUGCGAUCAGGGAAGUCCUGCGUGGUGCUGGACGAGUCGGCGGCCAUCCCGGACCUUGCGCGCUGGCUGGCGCCGGGGGCGACUUUUGUGGUGCAGGAAGCAGCGAGCGUUGCGGCCAAGACCAACGCGGCCCUCGAAGCCUGCGGCGGCGGUGUGGCGACGGCUCCCCAGCGCGACGAGGGCGAGCCAACUGGGGCAGCGACCCUGGAGAAAAAGCUUUCCCUCGAGAGCAAGGGCGCCGAGGGCGACGGCAGCUACCUCAUCGUGCGCGCGAGGAAGCGCAUGAUGGCCAGGAUCCACGCGGUCGGGGGCCCUGGCUGGGCGAGCACCAGGUCGCCGCUGAACUCGACCUACUUCGACGAUGUGCUGGGCCCGAAGGAAUAUGACCAUCGCACGGUCCGCCAGUGCGAGCGGGACGGGUGCUGCGCCCGCGUGCUGACGGGGCGCCGGCCGCGGCGCCUGCGCUCGCGCGAGGCGCCGGACUGCAGGGAUAUCCGCUUCAGGUACAUGUCCAAAAUGGUCGAGUGCGACAUGGAGAAAUGGCGCAUCCUCCGUGUGCUCGCUUGGCUUCGACACGCGGAGCGGGGCCAUCUCGGGGCCGCCCGCGGCGCCGCCCAUCCAGGGCGCCCCGCAGGGCGCUCGACCGCUGCAGAUGCCACUGGGCAGAGGCGGCAGAAGGUGGGCUUGGCCUGGUCGGACGGCGCCGACCUUUGGCUGCAGAGCGACUACCUCAGGAGACGGGCAGCGGGCGGAUGGGGCGCGCUCGCGGCCUCGCCCCCGCGCACCUUCUGGUCGCGAGUCGCGCGGGUGAACCGCCGAGGGCUGCAGUUGCUUGAGCGUGGGCAGGGCGACGCCGCGUUCAGGACCGCGGGCGCCGCGGCUGGGCCCCCGCAGCUGUGCGGGCCCCCCCCCAUCGAGAGCAGCCCGCUCAGAGAAGGGGGCAUCCACGUCGGGCGGGGCAACGGCAAGUGCCCAGCGAGCGAAUGGUGCAGCGCCUUUCCCGUCCGGCGUCACGGCGCGAAGGCCGCCAUCUCGCUCUUCGCGGGGUGGCUCGCGACGGAGCCAGAUCUGCUCGACGGGGGCAUCUACGGCGGGCGGGUCAACGGCGAGCGCCCGGCAGGGGAAUGGGGCAACGCCUUCCCCGUCAGGCGUCGCGGCGCGAAGGCCGCCACCUCGCUCUUCGCGGGGUGCUUCUCGAUGAGGGCGAUUCAGCAAGGCAUCCGGCAAAGGCCCAGUGCAUACCGACUGCUGCACAGCGCGGUGACGGAUUUCUUCUAUGACUCCAUCCACGUAGCGGUAUGGGACCAGAAGUUUAUGCUUCACCACUUGAUCGCCAUUGCGGGAUAUUCCACCAGCGAAAUCUCAAACGUAUUUGCUCUGGCCAACGCGGUCAACACUUGGGUCACUGAGCUGGCGCUGCUUGCGGUCAACGUCGUGUUCCUGCUGACACACUGGAGAAGGGUGAUGAAAAAACUUUGCAGUAAGGACAAGGACAAGCAGCAG